CCCGUGUAUUCUAUAUUUUCUUUUCUCCUUUCCGCUGAGAAACCUGUGUUCUUCAUGCUUCAACAGAGUAUUCUGCAGUGAACCAAUUAACUUCUAAAGCACAAUCUCAAUCUCAUUGUCAUAUUCAAACCUCAAUGGGUUACAUUCAAGACGCACGCGAAAAUCACGUUAAGAAGAAAGUGGAAGAAGCUUUGCGCAGCAAAAUGAAGCAGAAGGCACUGAAGGAGUGUGAUCGUUACACGGCAAAGUAUGCUGAAUGCGCUUCCGGGAAAACACUGUCAGUUGUGUGGCGUUGUCGCCAACAAGCUAAAGAGUUGAAUGAUUGCCUUCAUCAAUUCACCAAUGAUUCUGUUUUGGAGGAAAUGAAGAAAGAAUACAUGUUAAAACAAGCAGAGGGCUCUAGUAGAAUCCAGACCGCUUGAUUGCAAUGUGUACGGUACAGUUUAUCAACAUAAUCUGACAUCUUCCAUUUCAAUUUUUUAGACAUUUAGGAUGAGAUGUUCAUCAUUGUGACGUAUGUGGACCUUCAUUAUUACUCAAACCUUUUGUUUUUGCGAAUUUUGUAUGGAUAAUAGAACAUUAAUGCAAAGAUAUUGGUUUGUUACUACAA